CCAAUCCCCGAGGGGGCCCUUUAGGGAUAUACUUCGGAAAAAAAAAAACUCCUCGGCGUCUUCUUCUCGUUGCUCUCUCUCAAUUCUGUCAGUGCUCUCCUUUUCGCUCUCCUCAAUGUCGACUUCUUCUUCUAGAACGAAAACCAGGUCGAGCGGGCCAGUGUUGCGCUCGCUCUCACCCUGUGGUCGGUUCUACUCGCCGCCAUCGGAUUCUUCACUCUCAUCUUCGUCUUCUUAUUUUGCUUCUUCUUCAAGUUUCAGUUUCUACCCGUCAGCUUCCAGCUUCUUUCAGAAAGAUCACCACCGUCCGUCCUCUCCAACUCGAGUGAACAUUUACAACAACUCAGCUUCUCGAUCUUCCUCCGUUCGCUUCUCCAUUGAACACCGUUCGAUCUCUCCUAAUCGAUCCAUCUCCGUCUCCAAGCAAAGCCGUCCGGUCUCUCUCACGAAAAAGACAUGUAUGUGCUCUCCCACCAAUCAUCCGGGUUCAUUCCGUUGCAGCCUUCACAAGAAUCUAAGCAGUGGUGGAAAUCAAAGCACGGUGCCGUAUCCUUCUAAUCGUCUGAACAUGCGCAGAUCGGCUAUGACGAACUCGCUGGUUCGAAUCGGUGGCGUGGAAGGCGAGUGGGUGAAGCGAGCUUUGACGGCACUGAUCCGACCUUCUUCGCAUCAGCAGAGGAGGCGAGCGGGGUUUCGGCCUACUCGAAGUCGUCUUUUGAUCAUGUCCAAGGCGGACGAUCUCUGAUUUGGUUCACACAGGUUGGUUCAUUUUCUGGUCAGUAUUGUACUUUUCUGAUUUCAGAUUCCGGCCGGAAUCCGGCGUGUUAUUUAUUGAGUUGGAAUGUGUGCCAAUGGAGUUGCUGGGAAAGGGCGCGUCGUUUGUAUUCUGCGGCAGAGACUUGGUCAGCUCUGGCGAUUUUCGGUUCCCCAUCGUUGAAGGAGGCUGCUGAUUCGAUUGGAUAGAGUUUUGUACUUGGAGAUCUCCAAAACACUAGAAUUUUUUUGCGACAUGACAUGACUGGAGUGAAAGAGAACUCCCUUUGUAUAUAUGAUUUGCUAUAGAAGCACAUUUUCGGGACAUAAAUCUGCACUAGCAAGGGCAUGACAAAAAAAUAAAAAUAAAAUAAAAUCGAAUCGAACUCCAUUGUAAUAAUGAAUUUAUUUAAUCCAGAACUUGGUGAGAGAAAGAGUCAUUUCUCCGAUCCGAUCAGAUCAGAUGAGUCACCAUUCAAUUACCGCCGUUUGCAGCAUUGGGAAGUCCAUCGUGUAUUCCCUUAGCGUCGUCGUAACGUGUCGACGUUUCCGUUGGCCGUUACGUUUUAUCUCCGUUCCGUUACGUGUGGGGUUAAUCUAUCCGUCACUCAUUACCAUUUCCGUUUGUGCCAGAGGUUACUGUGGGCGGUUGGGAAGUCUACGCUGGAUUUUCGAUGAAACUUUGAAAAUUGUCAAUAGUGAAUUGGACAAAAAAAAAUUUAGCGCGGAGGUGUGAGAGCUUCUACGAUGUUGAACUUAAAAAACUUGUACUGAUCUUCACAGUAGAGAUUCUCUUGAGUAGAAAAGUUCAACCUUACAAGCCAAAACAAAUAAACGAAAAUAGAAAAGAAAAAAAAAAGUAAAAGUGGAAAUUUAAAAAAAUUGCAUACUAAUAAGUUGGC